AUCAUCCAUCAUCCUCUCUCCCUCUCUUUCUCUCCCGCGCGCGCCUACCUUCCCUUCCCAAGAGAGCAAGCAGAUGAGAGGGGCCGUCUAUAUAAGUCCGCCCGCCCUUUCCUCCCCCCAAUCUAGCCCGCACACGCCACGCCACACCCACACGUGAGCUAAGCAAAAGCAAGACCACCAUCAAAGAUCGGCCAUGGGUCGGUCGCCGUGCUGCGAGAAGGCGCACACCAACAAGGGCGCGUGGACGAGGGAGGAGGACGAGCGGCUGGUGGCCCACGUCCGGGCGCACGGGGAGGGCUGCUGGCGCUCGCUGCCCGGCGCCGCCGGCCUGCUGCGCUGCGGCAAGAGCUGCCGCCUCAGGUGGAUCAACUACCUCCGCCCCGACCUCAAGCGCGGCAACUUCACCCGCGACGAGGACGACCUCAUCGUCAAGCUCCACAGCCUGCUCGGCAACAAGUGGUCGCUCAUCGCCGCGCGCCUCCCCGGGAGGACGGACAACGAGAUCAAGAACUACUGGAACACGCACAUCCGGAGGAAGCUGCUGGGCAGGGGGAUCGACCCCGUCACGCACCGCCCCCUCACCCACGCCGCCAGCGCCACCACCGUCUCCUUCCUCCAUCCUGCGGAGCCGCCCAAGACGCAGCCGGCGACGGAGUUGAGUAAGCCGCCCAGGUGCCCGGACCUCAACCUGGACCUCUGCAUCAGCCUGCCCUUCCAACAGGAGGAGGAACGGCCGCCGGCGAGAGCGUGCGCCAAGCCGGUGAAGAUGGAGCAGCUGCAGCAGGGCGGCGGCGGCCUCUGCUUCCGCUGCAGCAUCCUGAGAGUGAGAGGGGCGGCGACGGAGUGCAGCUGCGGCAGCAACUUCCUGGGCCUCAGGGCCGGCAUGCUCGACUUCAGAGGCCUCCGGAUGAAAUAGAUGAAACUUAGGAAUAAUUAUUCCAUCAAACUUUCUGCCUGCUGUAAAUUGUUGCUCCCUUCUACUACCAAGUUUUUAUUUAGCUUUUAGGAAAAGAAAUACUACUACUACAGUAGAUGGUGAGGAGGAGACUAGUAUUAUUAGGUGAGGAUUUGUAGCCAGAUCCUCCCUGCCCUCCUCGGUCUGCUCAGUUUCAUGUAAAUUAUUACUACUGCUCCACCGAUGAAAUGGAAUGGAACGGAAUGAAAUAAUAGAUACUAAAUUCAGUGCGUUUCCCA